UAGUCAGAUUAGUCGAAACUUAUCGCUUGUUGCUUUGAAUAUUAUUAUGGUCUCGACCAUUUAGAAGUGCAUUGUCGGAGUGAAGUGUUUAAUAUUUCUGGGUUAGUCUGCAGCUGAUAGCGCUACCGAAAAUGAGUGGAAGUUCUAAUCCCCUAAGACCUUUACCGGCGGCUCUGCAAAAGGUGGCCAUCGAGGAGCUAAAUGAGGUGCCAAGUCGAGUGGAAUCGGAUAUAGCCACCCUGAAGAAAUGGCUGCAGAAGCAACCGCAUAUCUGUGCCUGUCUGGAGGAUCAGUUUCUGCUCAGUUUUCUUAGGGGAUCCAAAUUUAGUCUGGAGAAGGCCAAGCAAAAGAUCGAUCGAUUCUACAGUUUGCAAGCGGUUAUUCCAGAGGUUUUCAACGAACAUCGUUUGGCUGAUGAUCCCCAGGUGCUAGAGAUUAUUCAAAUGGGAGUUAUUCUGCGCAUUCCCCUCGAUAAGGAGGAUACUGGACCAGCUGUGACCAUCAUACGAGCGGGUUCCUAUGACAUCAACAAGUUCAAGUUCCAGGAUAUCAUACGAGUGGGUUCCAUGUUCGGCGAGAUCAUGAUGCUGGAGGAUGAUAAUGCCUCGGUUAGUGGUUACCUGGAGAUCAUGGAUAUGAGUGGAGUGACGGGUGCGAAUCUGUUUGCCCUUCAACCUCAACUUCUAAGCAAAUUCUCCGCGUAUGCGGAUGAGGCGAUGCCAACGCGUCAAAAGGGAAUCCAUUUCAUCAAUGUGCCCAAGUCAUUUGAGACGGGUUUUAAAGCCUUGCUUGGAUGGUUUCCGGGAAAAAUUAAAGAGAGGGUUUCAGUUAGUUCCGAUCCCAAGGCCAUUUUCGAUAGAAUCCCCAAGCACUAUCUCCCUAUAGAAUAUGGAGGUACUAAAGGAACCAUGAAGGAUAUUACAACCGAGAUGGAAGCAAAACUCCUUAAAUACCGCAGCUACUUUCAAGACUGUCAGCAUUUUGGAACCAAUGACAAGUUGCGCGAGGAACCCUCAAAUCUAAAACCCGAAGAAAGUCACUUUGGUCUAGAUGGCUCUUUUCGCCAGUUGGUCAUCGACUGAAUCGGUUAAAAUACCUGUUAACUCAUCUAAGCCAUAAACCCAUAAUAAAUGCUUUUGAUAAGCUCUA